AUGAUCGAUAAACGGAACAAGCAAAUUUCAGGUCAGUGCAAGAACUGCCCAGUGUAUCAGUACAUGGCCGGCUGUCUAACCCUCACUGAUUGGCAGCUCUCCGACUUGGCGCUUUCCAGGCAACGUGGUGAGCUGUUGGCGACCCGAGUUGGCGCCACUCUUUUGUGCGAGGAUUCGAUAAAUCAGACUACGUGCGUCUGCAAUCGGAAAAAUAAGUGUAACGAUAUCCACGCUCGAGCACCUUUCUCCACUUAUAGUGGUUAG